AUGUUUGAAUUGUGUUCCAAAGGUCCACCAGUUGUCAUUACGCUAACUGCAAAAUACGAGGCAUUUCAAUCAAACUCAACAGUUACAUUGAAAUGUGAAGUAGAAGGUCUGGAUUAUCAACAGCUGCAUUCUUACCACUGGCAGUGGAAGUUUCAAGGCCGAGAAAUAGAAGACACAACAAAACACAAAGUGAUUAUUCAUUUUCAGCCUCCCAACGUAUGUCAGCUGUCGAGAGGAUCUGCCAUUCUUGAUAUCAACAACGUUUCCAGAGAAGAUUAUGGACAGUACACCUGUGUGAUACUACAGUUUAACAUCACACGUGCCGAGAGAGAAAUAUCUUUUCAUUCCUUUGAGGCACCACCACCCGAAAUUUUCAUCGCGGAAUCACACAAGUGUGGACGUGCUAUAAAGCUGCAGUGGAAUCCUCCACUUUUGAUUGAGAACCAGCCUCACCCACCUGUAAUAGUUGAACGGAAAGUGUCAGGAUGUAAUGUGACCCUCACGUGGACCAAGGCUCUAUCAAAAGACUGCCCAAUACUUUUCUACACAAUCAGCUACAAACAAAUAGGCGCACCUCCUGAUGCCAUCGAGUGGACUAUGAUAAAUAUUACCGACGUCACAGUCAAUCAAGUUACCAUUAUGCUAAAUUGCACCACAACUUAUGAGUUUCAGGUCAGAGCUUGGAAUGAGCUAGGAGGAAGUCACAAUUCUAUGAGACAGUCGGCAACUACAAAAGGUGUACAGUCUCAGUUUGAGCAGAAGAUUACGGCACAACACCCACCAGAUUCUUCACUGCUGACCAGUAAUCUUGUAAGAGUACUAAUGGCCUGUUUGGGGUUUUUGGUGGUCAUCCUGCUGGUCAUUGGUGUUUGGUAUUUCCAUAAGAAUCGGGCGACUAAACUGACAAAAAGAACUGCCGACGAUAUUCAGGUUUUGGAGCUGUGCGAAAUCCAUCCAAUUAGAACAGAAUUCCUCGAGGCACUGGAUGAAGGAGCUUUUGGAAAAGUUCACAAAGCUAUACUUAAGAAUAGUUUGGAUUUUUUUGCAAGCGAUGAAGUAUUUUGUGGACGAAAUAGGCAGUCAACGAAUGUAGCAGUGAAAGAAUUACAUGGUACGAAUUAUCAACGGAAUUAUGUUAUGUUAAUUUUUUUUUGUUUGUAUGCUUUGGUUUUACCUUAUGCUUAA